AUGACAUUUAUGUUGUUAAAGAUUCGCUACCUGAAACAAAGUGCCAAGCAGCACUGGCUAUGGAGAAGUGGUGGUAGUGUAAUUAUUAAUUUGAGUAAUCCACGGUUAUCAUCCUGUGUUGUAAACGAUAUUGUUAACAACAUUCGUCAUCAGUCAUUCCUUCACCCGCCCUUCCUGUUUUUGGUCGAGCAGCCUGUUGUGGUCGAGCAGCCUGUUGUGGUGGAGCAGCCUGUUGUGGUCGAGCAGCCUGUUGUGGUCGAGCAGCCUGUUGUGGUCGAGCAGCCUGUUGUGGUGGAGCAGUCUGUUGUGGUCGAGCAGCCUGUUGUGGUGGAGCAUCCUGUUGUGGUGGAGCAGCCUGUUGUGGUGGAGCAGUCUGUUGUGGUCGAGCAGCCUGUUGUAGUCGAGCAGCCUGUUGUGGUGGAGCAUCCUGUUGUGGUGGAGCAGUCUGUUGUGGUCGAGCAGCCUGUUGUGGUCGAGCAGCCUGUUGUGGUGGAGCAGCCUGUUGUGGUGGAGCAGCCUGUUGUGGUCGAGCAGCCUGUUGUGGUCGAGCAGCCUGUUGUGGUGGAGCAGCCUGUUGUGGUGGAGCAGCCUGUUGUGGUCGAGCAGCCUGUUGUGGUCGAGCAGCCUGUUGUGGUGGAGCAUCCUGUUGUGGUGGAGCAGCCUGUUGUGGUGGAGCAGCCUGUUGUGGUCGAGCAGCCUGUUGUGGUCGAGCAGCCUGUUGUGGUGGAGCAGCCUGUUGUGGUGGAGCAGCCUGUUGUGGUGGAGCAGCCUGUUGUGGUGGAGCAGCCUGUUGUGGUCGAGCAGCCUGUUGUGGUGGAGCAGCCUGUUGUGGUGGAGCAGCCUGUUGUGGUGGAGCAGUCUGUUGUGGUGGAGCAGCCUGUUGUGGUGGAGCAGCCUGUUGUGGUGGAGCAGCCUGUUGUGGUCGAGCAGCCUGUUGUGGUGGAGCAGCCUGUUGUGGUCGAGCAGCCUGUUGUGGUGGAGCAUCCUGUUGUGGUGGAGCAGUCUGUUGUGGUCGAGCAGCCUGUUGUGGUCGAGCAGCCUGUUGUGGUCGAGCAGCCUGUUGUGGUCGAGCAGCCUGUUGUGGUCGAGCAGCCUGUUGUGGUCGAGCAGCCUGUUGUGGUCGAGCAGCCUGUUGUGGUGGAGCAGCCUGUUGUGGUGGAGCAGUCUGUUGUGGUCGAGCAGUCUGUUAUAAGGGCAGGCUCGACGGUUCUAGGGAGUGUAUGUCUUACAAUAGUCACAGCCUGA